AUGGCUUUGUGCAAUCCCUUCAAUAGUGCUAAAAUGACUCUGAAUUUCCAAAUAAUCCUUUUCUUUCUCAUAAUAACUCAUACAACUUCCCUAACUUUCAAUUUUUCCAGGUUCAAACCAAAUUGCCGCUGCCUAAACUACCAAGGAAAUGCUUCUGUGUCUGAAAAAGCCAUCCAUCUCACCGAAAAUAUUUCUAGCAUUAGCAAUCUUGGUCGAGUUACAUACUGUAAACCAGUUUAUCUUUGGAACAAAAGUUCAAGAAAUCUCACUGACUUCUACACAACCUUUUCUUUUUCAAUAGAUUCGCAAAAUCUUGCAAAUUAUGGAGACGGGAUGACUUUCUUUCUUUCGCCAGUGCAUUUCCCUCUUGACAAUUUCGCAGGCGGUGGUCUGGCUCUUGCUAGAGAAAAUCAGACGUCUAAAUAUCCAUUUCUUGCAGUAGAAUUUGAUACUUUUCCUAACAUUUGGGAUCCGCCUUAUCAACAUGUAGGUAUUGAUAUUAAUUCUGUAAGGUCUAAUAUUACUACAGCUUGGUUAAGUAACAUACAAGAUGGUAAAAAAGUUUUUGCUUCAGUUAGAUAUGAGUCUACCCUAAAAAGAUUAACUGUUACUUUUACUGGAUUUGGCAGUAGCAAUAAUGUAAUUGAGCAAAAUCUUAGUUAUGAUGUUGAUUUAAGAGAUUACUUACCUGAAUGGGUAACAGUAGGGUUUUCAGCUGCCACUGGAUGGUCUUCUGAAAUGCAUACUCUUUAUUCAUGGUCUUUUACUUCAAGUCUGGAAGAAAAUGACAAGCCAAAAGAUAAAGCACCAACAGAAAAUACACCAAAAAUAAUUGAUGUACCCAGAAAUGAUAAAUCAACAAAUAGGUCAAACAAAGUUACAGGACUUGUGAUAGGGCUAGGGGUUGGUGUAUGUGUUUUUGUUGGUGUGAUAUUAAGUUGGUUAUAUUUUUUCUUAUGGAAAAAGAGUAGAGAGGAAAAGGGCAAUGAAGUUAUCUCUAAUUUAUCAAUGGAUGAUGAUUUCGAGAAAGGUACCGGCCCGCGAAAGUUCUCUUACAAUGAUUUGGUUCGCGCAACUAAUAACUUCUCAGAGCAAGAAAAGCUUGGAGAAGGAGGGUUUGGUGCAGUUUAUAGAGGAUUUUUUAAGGAACUAGAUUUGUUUGUUGCAGUAAAGAGAAUAUCAAGUGGUUCCAAACAAGGAAUAAGGGAAUAUGCAUCAGAAGUAAAGGUAAUUAGUCAGUUGAGGCAUAGAAAUUUAGUGCAGCUUAUAGGUUGGUGCCAUGAAAAAAGAGAAUUAUUACUUGUUUAUGAACUCAUGCCUAAUGGAAGCUUGGAUUCCCAUCUUUUUAAAGAAAAUAAAUUAUUGACAUGGGAAAUGAGGUAUAAUAUUGUUUUAGGGUUGGCUUCAGGAUUACUAUACUUACAAGAAGAAUGCCAGCAAUUAGUGGUUCAUAGAGAUAUCAAAUCAAGUAAUAUUAUGUUAGAUUCAAAUUUUAAUGCAAAACUUGGAGAUUUUGGUUUGGCAAGACUUGUAGACCAUAACAAAGGUUUUCAAACUACACUUUUGGCAGGGACUUUAGGUUAUAUGGCACCAGAAUAUGUCAUUACAGGCAAAGCUAGUAAAGAAUCAGAUGUCUACAGUUUCGGAAUCGUCGCGCUGGAAAUUGCUUGUGGAAAAAAACCGCUUAAUCUAAAAGGAAACGAAGAUCAGAUUUCUAUGGUGCAAUGGGUUUGGGAUCUAUAUCGAGGAGGAAAUGUGAAGUUACUUGAAGGUGCUGAUCCAAGACUAAAUGGAGAUUUUGAUGAGCAACAAUUGGAAUGUUUAAUGGUUGUUGGGAUCUGGUGUGCUCAUCCAGAUGCAAAAUUAAGACCUUCUAUUAGGCAAGCAAUUCAAGUUCUCAAUUUUGAAGCUUCAUUGCCGGUUCUUCCAUUAAAAAUGCCUGUGCCUACAUAUUCUUCCCCUGUAGUGAAGGCUUCUUCAUUGUCAUUGUCUCUAAGUGAUCAUAGCAUUUCAUAG